UCUGUGUUUCUGAACACGAGAGCUUCACUCGUAAAUUAAACGUUACCUAUGGCCCAAGUACAGAGGAAAGUCUGCUUGAUUGUUAUUGAUGGCUGGGGCAUCUCAGAGAACAAAGAAGGUGAUAAGUUUUUUUUGUUUACGUUGUAUUUGCCGGCCUUGAACACUCUCUCGACGCAACCGGCGAUCCAUGACUUCAGAAAUACUCUUUCAGCAACCUAUAUUUUGCGCCGUUGUUAAUCUCUCGAUAUUACAUACUCUCAAUCGAUUUCUUGAAUCAGAGCAUCGGUUGGAAUCGGAGAACUUUGUAUCAUAGGCGUAAUCGGGUAAUCGCACGUUCUAAGACUCACUCAAAUCACAGCCAACUGUUAAGCGAAUAUUAACGCCUUGUUAUCGGGUCAUCGGUGACUUUUCCUCCAAAAGCUGCUUAACUACUCAUCCAGUUGUUUAAUAUUUCAUUAUGUUUGAAAAUUUCAUGCAUGAUUUUUUAGUAUGUCUAAGAACGUUUAGUAACUAAGGUGCACCUUUUCUGUCCCGUGUAGUUGCGUGACAUCGCGUGACUAGUCUCAGCAGACCAUGCACAGCUCCAACUUGCGUGGUUGUGUCCCAGACUCCUCCAAUCAAGUUGCAAGAGAAAUUGAAGAGUUAUUAAAAUUUUUGCAGCAUAAUUUGUUAAGCAAGUUGUGUGCCUAGAGUAUGCAUUUUUAACUUGCUUGUCCAGAAGUGUUACAUUAGCAAAAAAACUAGCCUGAGAAAACAGCCCACAUUUUGUGACACCACCACUGGUUUCCUCCCGAAAUGACAUCUGAGCAAUGACUGCAGAAAUUCCAUACUGAUGGCACAUCACUACCCAGAUCUGGGUAGUGCUUUCGAUUGAUUGAAGCAAAUUUCCCUUGCGACACAACCAGUCACAGGCACUACCCAGAUUUGGGUAGUGACACAUCAUCAGCAUCGAAUUCUGCAUCGUUUCUCAGAUGUCAUUUCAAAACAUCAGCUGUUUUCUCAGGCUAGCAUAAAAUUGACCUCCUUCAGGAUGGUGAAGAGUGGAAUAGGCCUUGAUUAUGAAUCAGAAAGGUAUAUUCUUCUAAUCUCAAAAGAUGUCCCGUCAAACCUCUCCACAAUAGGCCCCUUGUGGACAGAAGAAAGUGGCCAUUGUGGAGAGGUGGCCAUUAUGGAGAGGUAGGGGUGUAAUAUGACAAAUGUUUUUAAGGAGUACAACAUGUUCAUUGAAUGUUCAUACUGGAGCCACGAUUAAUCAUCCAUAAGCCAUAUGGAUCAAAUUUCACAACCAUUCUUGACAUUUUCGUCAGUCACUGAAAAAACUGGCUGUUGUCGAGAGGUUAUUUUGGCAGUUUAGGACACACUUUAGUGGCCAUUGGCGUUAUAGAGAGGUUUAAACAAGAGUCAUUGUAUGGACUGUUCUCCAGGACAAGAAAAAGUGGCCACUGUGGAGAGAUAGCCAUUAGUGGAAGUUCCACUGUACUCUGUUGAGACCAUUUCAAUCAUGUAUUUUACUGUGAUCAUCUCCAAUUUAUUAAUAAAUUUGCAUUGUGAUUAUUAUUUUUAAUACUUUUUCUGUCGAGGCUGGAUAGGAGUGUAGGAAAAGUCCUAAAAAGGAUCAAUUUCAGUCUUUUGCUUUAUUAUUAAGCCAUUUACAAUUGGCUGUCUUGUGUUUAUUGUUGCAUUUGACUAAGAUGGGUUACUGCAAUGAAAUAAAAAACUUCUUUUCAGUUUUCACUGAUACUUUCCUUUAGAAUCAUGAAUCUGCUACAGUGUCAUGCUGCACUGUAAAGUCUAAAUUCAUGGAUGAAGCCAAUAUUUAAGAUGCUGUCCCUGCUAUUUUUUGCUCAGUUCAUGCUUAUGCUCAAUGCAACAUGUGUAGUUGAUGUGCUUUUUUUCUUUAAUCACGCAGGCAAUGCUAUUGCCAAUGGAACGGUACCAGUUAUGGACAAGUUUUGUGCUGGCCACGACAAUGCUUACACCACACUAGAUGCCUCAGGCUUGUCAGUUGGUUUGCCAGCAGGGCUUAUGGGUAAUAGUGAAGUAGGGCAUUUGAACAUUGGUGCAGGAAGAGUUCUUUAUCAGGUAAAAGCUAUGAUAUAACAAUAAUACAAGUACCCUAAUAAAUAAUCAACAUCAAAUUUCUCCUUCAAAUAUUACUGCUUAAUCAAAUCUUUAUUUUCUUAAGAUCAUGAGAAUACAGAAAGAAAUUUUUGUACUUAAGAUAGAAAUGCUGUGAUGUUUGACCAAAUUCUGGUCAUACCUGUAAGUGUUAUAAAAACGUUCUCUGUGUUGAAAAUGAUAAAAAAGAAGCUUUAAGCCACGUUUUACUGAAUUCUGAGCAACAAGAAUUAAUUCAGACAUUUUGACCAAGAAUAAUUGAUUGUUUUUUUUCUGCCAUUUAAAAAUUGAAGAAUAUCUGCUUUGAUAUUAAUUUGGGCUUCAAUGUUCACUGUGGAUUUCUUAUCUAUGUAAUAUGUUAACAUUUUCUUCCUUUUGCAAAAUUAGAACAAGGAUAUUUUUUCACUUACGUUAUGCAUGCUAUUUAUUUACACAUGAAUAAUUCUUCUGGUCUCACUAUACAAAGUUUCCAGUUCAAACAAAAAAUUCCUCUGUCUUUAAGAGCAAAACAACUGACAUGAGGCAUAAUUGUGUGAAACUAUCUUUUUCUAGGAUAUUGUGAGAAUUAACAUGACUUCAGAUAACAAGGAGUUUGCUAAAAAUGAAGUUUUGGCUGAUGCAGCUGCAAGAGCAAAGUCUGGUAAUGGAAGACUUCAUUUUCUGGGUUUGGUAAGUAAUUAGAGCAUUCAUGUCAGAUGAUAGACUGACAGUUAAAUAUUUAGUUUUUGAUUUAUAAAAACCACUUUGAUGAGAAGUUUUUUUGUAAAACACUAAAGCAUAAAAGAGUAUGGUGAUCAAAACGUGACGUGCAUCGUCGAAGGAUUGUCGCCAUUUUUUGUGGCCAUGAGAUCUGUUACUUCUGCCUCUUGGAAGGCCUCUGACUGAGAGAGCUUUGCAAUGACUCUCUGGUUUGUCAUCCUGUUAUAAGGAGAAUAUAGCUAGAGUCUUUAACCAAUUGUAGAUACAAUUGCACAGGGGAUGAAGAUUGGCUUGUGAAGAAAGAGCUAACUUAAAGCUGGCUUUUAGAUUUACUAAAUUCAUAAGUCUUGAUAGUCUAUUAUGACAGGAGGCACCUUUCUGGCUUUCGUUUGGUGCCUGGAACAAGAGACAGAAAAGCAUCUGCUCUUACAGGCUUAAAACUUAACUGAUCUGUGCAUUUAAUGCUUACAAGUACAAGACCUAAUUGGGACUAAAGGUUUGCACACGUGUAGAUUUUCCCCAAUGUUUAGUCAACUGGGGAACACUGCACACCUCUAAGACCAAAGGCAAAGUGUUCAGAAUUGCUUUUCAUUAAUUAAACCAACUGUUGUAAGUAAUUAAAUAUGAAUAAUAUGUUGUCCUAAUAUUACUCUACAUUGUUUUAGAGAUGAAGUACAGUGUAGUUACUUAGAAAAAAAAAACUACCAUUGAAGUUUAUUGUAAUUCAAAAAAAUAGUUGGUUUUAACAUUUUUCUUUCUCUUUUUUUUCACUAUAAGCGUUUCCCUUGAGUAAGGGUUACCCUGGAAACUGAAGCAGAGACUAGGAUUAUAUUAUUUUUUUAUUUCAGGUGAGUGAUGGUGGUGUCCAUUCACAUAUUACACAUUUGGAGUCAUUAAUUGAUGCAGCUAAAGAACUUGCCAUUCCAAAGUGUUUUAUUCAGUUUUUCUCUGAUGGGCGAGAUACCUCACCAACCAGUGGAGGUUUGUUAAAUUACUAGUAUUCACAAGGCUGUUUUCUAAGAAAAACUUGAGGAAGCCUUUAAAAUUCAUUGUCCCCAGUGCAUGGUUUUUGUCCUAAGUCACUUAAGGUCUUUUCCAGACAUCCAAGGUUCAGUUAAUACACAUGCACUUUAAUAGGGUUUUUUGCAAUAGCUUAGUCAGGUGAUCAACGUUCCGUAAACAUGAAAACAGUUCGCUUUUUGAAAAUUUUGUUAGCUGGAACUGAAAGAGCAUAUUUUAAUUAGGAAAUUAGCUGUUGCAACAGCUACCAAAAAUUAGAUCGAUUUGUAUGGGAAAAACAAUUCUUGCCACUUAGUCAUGGCUGAGUGGUUUUCCAUGCAAGUUCAGGAAAAAUGGGGUAAUCAAAAAACCCCAAAAUACCGUAAAAUUCCGAAAAUAGGCCUCUCCAUGUAUGAGCCCCUCCAAACUCGUAACGCAAAAAACCCUCCUUUAAAUCGCCCCCAAAUAAAUAGAAGCCCCCCAGGGGGCUUGUACUCGGAAAUUGCCCCCAAAUACAGAGUAAAACAAAGAAAAAUACGGUAAAUUUCCUUCCAUUUAUAAGGCUAGCCUAAUCGAUUUUGAAACGCAAAUUUCCCUCCAUAGAUAAACCCCUCCGAAUAUAAGCCCCUCAAAAAGGGCUUUUGAAAAAUGUAAGUCCCGGGGCUUACUUUUGAAUUUUUACGGUAGUCUUAUGCCAAUUGUUUUUUACCCAAUUUGGCAUUUUUGAAUGGCCAGAUUUGGUUGUUUUGUGCUAAAAGGAGGAUUUUCUCAGAAAACUUUGUACUUUUCUUAACAGGGCCUCAUUCUAAGGGAUGUAUUAUAAAAUUAUUGGUUCAAUAUCUUAUUCAGCCAAUGCAUAUCUAUAUUACAGGGGGAGGCUUUUUAAUAGUAAACCUUGAUAUCUUUGUCUUGUUAGUGUGAGCAGGAUAGUUUACAGAACUUCACACAUACUAUUAGUGGUUAGCCGACUGUGAAUCUUUUUUUUUCCAGUAACCUAUAUAGAACAAGUGUUAAAAAAACUAAAAGAAGUCAAUUAUGGCUCACUUGCAACUGUGGUUGGUCGUUACUACGCCAUGGACCGUGAUAAGCGCUGGGAGAGAAUCAAGAUUGCUUAUGAGGCCCUAGUCCAAGGAAUUGGUGAAACUACCACACCAGACAAAGUCAUUGAGGUAUAUAAAAAAAUGUACCUCAUAUGAGUGUCAAUGUAUUUAGCACGAAAGUACUAACUGAGGUCAUUAUUUUUAUGUCUCCUACUUGGAGAUGGAACCGCCAUUUUACAUGGUUUCUGAGCCACGUGAAGGUCUAGCCGUCUGCACGCAGAGCAAAGGUAGUACCUUCAUUUCUCUGUUAUUUUAAGACCCUGAGUAUUGGUCUGGCCUCAGGAAUCGAACCCACCACCUUCUGAUCUGCCGUCAAGUGCUAACUGAGCUAAUCCUGUCAUGGUUAAAGAUAGAACCCACUGUAUUCCUCCAGAAAUAUUGAAGGAGCUAUCUCAGCUCUCACAAGCACAUUUGAAUUUAAUUUUCUCAUUAGUAAUAAACCUAUAGUAGAACUUUAGCAUAAACAAGUACCUUAUCUCAACAGGUCAUUAAAGGACGAUAUGAAGCACAGGGAGACAAACAUGAAACAGAUGAAUUUCUCAAACCUAUCAUCUUAGAUCCAGAGGGAAGAGUUCAAGGUUAGUCCCUAACUUGCAUUCCUGACAAUAGUAACUGUUGUUGAAAUAUGCCCUUGAAGGCAGUAAAAUUUACGGCAUUAUUUCAUGGCACUGCUUUUGUUUUUGUUGGCACUCUCCUUAUACAGCAAUGAGUAUAAUAAUUAAAUAUAGGUACUAAAAAACUGAUUGAAAUGCUUUGUUAAACUUGUCAAAUGUCGCAUGCCAUUCACCAGACAAAUUUACACAAACUAACUUACAUAACUUACUGUUUGUUUCUUUGUUUAGUUUUUCUUUUUCAAUUUGAUUAUUUGUCAAGUUUAAUUUGACCUCUUUCAAACCUUUUGACCUUCUUUUACAUAGACUUGAACAUGUAAGUGCUUCUUUUGUUAAUUUUUUUAUUUUGAUCUUGUUCAGAUGGAGACACACUCUGCUUUAUUGAUUUCCGCUCUGAUAGAAUGAGGCAAAUUAGUGAAGCUUUUGGUAUAAAGCCACCAUUUGAGACAGAUGUCAUUCCAAAAAACACUGUAAGUAAGCCAGACACUGAGUGUCCAUCUUAGAGAAAGUUGGCAGCAUUAUAAUUGUGUCAAUUUAUGUUCCUAAAUCGCAGAAGAUAACCACAGUUGCCUUCAGAGGAGACUAAUGUCACUCCAACUGUGUUCAUUUCACUAACUGUCGCAAUUUAUUUAUAAUUUUGAUAGCAAUAUUACUUAAUAAUUCCAUUCAUUGUUUUCACCGUCUGAGACCAUAAUGCACCUUGUUUCCCCCCUAAAUUUUGCAUAACCAUUGUCUUUGACUUUCGUUGGGAUAACUUAAUUAAAUUCCCAGGAGAAAUUGGAACAAUGUUUUGGUAAAAUUUUGGGGGGUAAGUAAGGUGUAUUAUGGCCUCGCUGAAAAUGGUGAAUGGCGAUAUAAAUUGAAUUUGACACACAGUUUCCUCUGCCUAGUUCCCAGUCUCUCAAAAUCACUUUUUUGGGGGGAUAUUUGAGUUGUCACUCUCCACUCUUCCCAUCAUCCCCCUCUUGCACUUCUCACUCAUUUCCAGUACCCCACUUUAAAAGUCUGUAGUCUCCAUUAAGCAUUGGAAAAGCUGUAAAGGAAGCAGUAGCUUCCUUGAAAAGCAUGUUUUCUUCUUUAUCAUCUUUAUUGCUGGUUUUCAGUGUCACGCCAUUCAAAAUAGAUCAAAAUAAAAAUCAAAUCCCUUCAAUAGAUAAAGUCCAGAAUCUGGAAAAUGAAAGGAGGUACAUAUGCAAAGACCCUCGCCAAGAUUCAGGUCAGAGGAAUAUUUCGUAUAUGAGAUAUCCGAAGAAAAUGUUUGACCCAAAUUUAUAGAGAUUUGUAUGGAGACGCCAUGCUGGUGCUCACCUGGAUGAGCUCCAACAUGGCGGACGGAAACCAAGAGAAACAUCUGUUACCGACUUUUGCUACAAAAGCGUGAAUUUAUUCUUCGAGAAACUCAUAAACAUUAAAGUAAUACUUUUUCUAAUACAUGAACAGUUUAGAUAGCAAAAUUUCGUGAAAUAAGUCAUUUUUUUUAACCUACAUGACAGGGAGUCUCUUGGCGGUCAUGUAAAUGCCGCGUCACGCAAAAGCUUAGAAAUUCAAGCGUACUCUAUCAUAAAACCAAGAACCCUUUUGAAGCGAAAACUUGUACGAAAAUUAUUUUUCAGCUGCUCUAAUGCAUGGUGAAAGAAAAAUCUCCGUAGGAUCGAUAGUUUUUUAGUUUGAAUUUUAGUGACGUCAUGUGAAAACCAACAAUUAUUGCGUUCGUCAGAACGCAUCCUAAUCUGGUGUUCCUGUGGCACUAAGACAGAAAUUCUCGAGCUAUCACGGGCGACUGCAAAUUAGCCACCCCUAUUAAUUUUAUCAGGGGCACCUCGGCCGGGAAACUGGACUCCUUUAGACUCGAUUUCGUUUCCGUCAUUUUUCCGUAAGUGACGAACGCGGAUCCCUUCCAUUCAGAUACCCUUACUUUUCUCCUUUUGAGUAACAGACGUCUUAACUUCUUCACCGGAAGUCUGCUAGGUGCAUAACCGCUUGGCCUAAAAGUGAAGCUCUCGUUAAUAUCUAUGGUUUACUCAAACAAAAUGUUAAAUAAUCGUGUAAUGCUAAGCGGCGACGGCAACAAAAACAGCCAAAAAAAUGAGUAGGUCUAAUUAGCAAAAAAACAACUUUGCAUGUGCAGCACACUUUUUUUGUACAUUUCUUUUCCGUUAUUUUGCACAGUUACACGUUUUAUGGAGGAAAUGUUGUAACAGUAUGUGUUCCUGUUCAUUCAUUUUAACCUUGGUGGCCGCUAGCAUUUCUCAUUUUCUCACCGCCGCUAUAAAACUUUCAUGUUAUUCUUCCAACGAAAUUAGUCUCCUUUGCUUUUUAUCUCUCGCUCUAGCUCUUUUUCUGUUAUCCACGUCAAUGUAGACAUUGAAAUUAAAUCGAAAGAAAUUAUCGGCUUUGUUGUUGUUGUUUUUUUUAUCUCUAAAAGUCCGGAUGGCUAUGCGAUCGCGCGGGUACUUGUAAUGCAAAAUCUCACCCCGACUUACAUGAUGGGGUGGACGCGCGGACGAUCUUCUCAGAACCAAUAUUUCUUGGAUGCAUAGAUAACCAAAUUUUCUUACCCAUAGUACUCCGCUGUGCGCGCUUCGCGCGCGCGUGAGCGUCCAGUUAACUCCACACCUUCUCCAGCAACGUACCUAACUAACAUCAAUAGACUCCCUUACAAAACUUGCUGAAAAUGCACAAUCUUCACACCGAGGAUAAUUCAUGUACAACAUUGCAAUCUAAACCUAGAAAUACGUAUCUCGCAAUAACCCUCGCCAAAAAAAUGUUUUUUAGUAGCGCCAGUCAAGUUAAGCCCUGUCGGGCGGGGUUAGGAAUUGGAUGGGUAACCCACCGCGAAUAGCGUCGUGAAGGUCCAUAUUUUGUUCUUUCUUUUCUUUCUCUUCUUUUUUUAGCAUCAAAUAACUAUGACACAGUACAAGAAGGAAUUUCCUUUUCCUAUAUUGUUUCCCCCUGUUGUUCCUAAAAAUGUCCUGGCCGAAUGGCUUUCUGUUCAGAAUGUCCCUCAGUUCCACUGUGCAGGUAGGUCCGUGUAGACAUGUCUAAAGGCUAUACAGUAAACACCCUCGACUAAGAACCUAGUUUUUAAGAAUCUUGGUUUUUAAAAUUUGGCAGAUAAGUCCCCUCUAUACAAGAACCUGUUUAGCCUAAAAUUUGAAACAGGUUCUUGUUCUCUAAAAUCUAUUUUAAAAAAUCUGUACAAUUGGAAAAAUAAGAUAAGUCAACAUUCAGGACCCUCUAUGGAGACAUAAUUAUAUGCCUUACGACUCCAAUCACUAUCAUUUUAAGAACCUGUUUGGGAAUGAUACAGGUUCUUACCCACGAAUUGUUUCUGUACACUAAAUCACGUGGUAGUCUUGAUUUCAGAAAGAUACAGUAUUAAGAGAAUUCGUCCAAGUUUUCAUGACAAAAUUGCUAAAGAAUUGUGCGCUGACUGGUAGGCAAAUGGUCUUCGAACACAAGAGAACAGAAAGGCAAAUUUAAGUCCUGAGGCGCCAGCAAAAAAUGUUUCUUAAUAAGAGUUUUAAGCUUAAAAAUCUUGACCUGAUGUUUGUUUUAGGCAUUCACUCUUGUUUUACUACUCGUCCUAAAAGUUGGGAGCCACUUUGAUUUUUUUUUGUCAGAAACUGAAAAGUAUGCCCAUGUGACAUUCUUCUUCAAUGGUGGAGUAGAGAAACAGUUUGAAGGAGAAACCAGAUUCAUGGUACCUUCACCUAAAGUGGCAACAUAUGAUUUGCAGCCUGAGAUGAGUGCUCAGGGAGUUGGUGCAGAGGUGAGUCAAGGGUAACAGCUGGUUUCGCUACUUGCCUAGUUCGCUACCGUCAUGUUCGUUCGCUACCAACAUGCCGAAUUCGCUACUGACUUUUCGCUGCCAAAAAUUCAAAGUUUUCAAAGACUAAACGUGUAGUUAACAUUUUCACGGUCUUCUAGAACCAAGAGUCAAGUAAAAAAAUAAAAUUCAUGAAUGUGAGUUCAUUUAGAAUGAGUCUUCUGCUGUCUGGUUUGAGUAUUAAGCGUCAGGUCAAUUAUUCAUUUCUGCUAAAUAAUUUGUACAUAAAACUUUAGAAUUGUUUAUCCCUUGGCCCAUUUAUUUAUGAAACACAACUAUACAAAGGUAAAAAUAGGAGAUAGGAGAUAGGUGGAGAUACAUGUAUGCGAUACAUAGAAACUCUUAGCAAUGACGCCUAACUUCGCACCUUCAACGUGUUGCUGUGAAAGAAUUUUGUUCCUGCGAAAGGAUUUCUUUUAAACAACUGAUACCAAUAAAUACAUAGCCUGCGAAAACAGCGGUCGCUCCUCGCUUCUCGCGAGGAAAGACAGCUGUAUUCGCAGCUUGUUGUAUCAUACAAGGCAGGGGCACCCAACGACAAUUUUCGGAAAAAUAUCUGUUCGGAAGACGAAUUGAGAGCUAAAAUUUUCGAAACAUUUGUUGUAAAAUUUCUUGCUUGCCUGCCUCUCCUAGGAUUUUCGAACAUCUAAAAAAUGGUAAAAUUGCCCAUUUUCAACGGAUUUUUACCCUAAAAAGGUCACCUAAAAUUUUCGGGAGCCCUUUUUCUGGCUAAAAUUUUCGAACAGGUAAGUUUUGAUCCCUAUAAUUUUCGGAUCACUAGACUUUCAGCUAGGAAAUCCGAACAGAUGAAAAAUUUAUAGGGGAUAAAAAUAUGCCCAUAUCCACUGUUUAAAUACUAAAACACGUUUAACAGUGCUAUGUUUAAGUGGUUUUGAACUAUCUUCUCGUUGGGUGCCUCUGACAAGGGGAAUUGUCCCUGUACCAUCUCCAAUUUUGUCCGUGUUUUUACUAUUAGUUUUUGUUUUAAGGUUUGUAAAGCUGUAAAGAGUGGCCAGUAUCCAUUUGUCAUGUGCAAUUUUGCCCCUCCUGACAUGGUGGGACACACAGGGAAAUAUGAGCCAGCUAUUAAAGGCUGUGAGGUAACAGGUGAGUCCUUCUCACUGGUAUCAGAUCGUUUCGCCCGAAGGUCGAUUCGCUCGAUGUGUAUUUGUCGUUGUGCAAUCCUGAGGAAAAGAACUAAGGGUGAACACAGCGACUGCACUUGUGGAAUCCAAGCUUAACUAUAAAAUAACAUCUCAAAUAAGCAUGUUCAUCGUGUUCUUAAGUGUUGUAUGUCAUCGGGCGAAUCGACUUUAAUUCCAGGCGAAACAAUCGCAAGUUAGUGUGGUUUUUUUUAGACUUUGAAUCCUCUAAGCAACCUGUUAGGGGCACCUGAAAAGCUCCAUCCCCCUCUCCUCAUUACUUGACCCCUUUUUUUUUCUUUCUGCGUCACCCUCAACUGACUGAAUUGCUGAAAAUGGUCUGUUGAAUAAAAUCUUUUAUUUAUUUAAGUUCCGGCCCUGUUGAUCAGAUGUUAUGGUGUCAGUCGUAGUAUCCCGCCAACCCACCCUCACCCCUGGUCAUGUAGCAGCUCUCCUAACCCUAAAAGUUAAUUGGUUCGUUACCCUAACUGUAAAACAAUGGAAAAUAUGAUAAACAAUGAUGGGUGAUUGUUUUCUGCGACCAGUCAGGAAACACCCUACGAGCAGCUCCUACAUUACUGGGGCACCACUCACCAGCGCCAAUAUUAUCUUGGUUGUCGUUCUCUCCGUAAACCCCAUCCGUAGACGCCUUGACACCGGGAGCAGAGGAGUUAUGUUCUACGUUGAUUCCAGUAACGUUCUUAGAACGAAUCACCUUCUUUCACCACAGAAUGUGAGCGUGUUCGUUUGAAGCGUUUGAUCGUGUUACAAGUCGGUUAAUUUUCCUUUUUCGGUAGGAGCGAUUGUCGCCCGAAGAGCGGGACCUUCGGAAAACUCCGAACGAGGUGCGAGUUGCCGAGAAGAAAAAAGAGAGAAGAAGGCUGUAUUAUCGGUUAUCUGUUAGUCACUUUUGGUGAUCAAUCCGCGGUCAUUGUUUCAUGCGGUUUUCGGUAGCAUAAUGUAUCACCCAACUUGAAACAAGAUCCCUUGACGCUUCGAAAGAGCGCGUUUUCAAGGUGAUUCUAGCCUGCAAGCAAGCUCUGGUCGCCCCGCUACCAGAGCGACCCGGAGAGCUAGCAGGCUAAGGUUAUUCGCGCUGUGAAUAUGAAACUGCAAUCAAGGUCGAACUACCCCUUUGCCCUACAACCAAGAGGGAGUUAAGAAGAAUUGUGAAUAUGCCAACUGCUUCUGUAGGGGAGAAUAGAAAGCGACGUGCUUUUUCAUAUUCUCGUCUCAUUCAGUGGAUUUUCCCUCGGCCAUCCAGAGAAGACCAGAAAAGCCUCUGCAUGCAGAGUAGAAGGAAUAGGACAGGAGAGAGAAGUUUUUAAAGUCCUGUUUUGUUUGUCUUAGAUAAGGAAAUAGGUGAGAUCUUCAAAACCUGUGAAGAGGAAGGUUAUGUGUUAAUGGUUACAGCAGAUCAUGGUAAUGCUGAACAAAUGUUUGGUGUGAAUGGAGGUCCACAUACAGCGCACACUACUAACCGGGGUGAGUAGACAGCCAAUUUCUACGAGUUCAGCUCUUUAAGUAGUUAAAAUCUAUUAAUCAUACAGGCCUCGAGUCUUAAUGCUAUAGUAAAUCAAAACUUAGACUCAGGAUUUGUGGGUGAGCGAACAUAAUAGAUAUGGCGAGGACGAGGACGAGAUUUUCUCAAUAUUCAUUUUGCGAUCGGGAGACGGUUUUAACCUCCUUCAAUACAAAUAACCGUGCUAACUUUUCUGCUGAAAAAAAAAGUGCAAUAAAGCCUCCCAGUGUAAAUAUUUUCGAGAAUACGCGAAAAUUCUCUAAGUUGAAUCUCGUACUCGAAUUUAAAGGUCUCCAUUAAGCGUAUUUGGCGAAGACGACGCUUGCUGAAAGUGAGAACGUGAAAGCGCGUCAAAGGGUAAGGACUGAACGCGACUUCUGAUGCUCAAAUUGUCGUUCCGCCUUUGGUCAUACUGGUUUAACUGCGCGCGCCGUCCGCCACAUUGCUUUUACUUAAUCUGCCCAUUACGAGAGGGCGAAGAAACUGAAACACAAGGCUCCCUCUCCCCCUUCCACUGUUCAGGUGCCUUCUCUUCUGACCUCUAAGGAAGGCCCAAUACUCAGGUUACAAAGUUUGGUCUAGUCAGAAAGCAAUAGAACUGACUUGUUAAGUAAACAUGCAAAGACCAGUCACGUCAAGGUCUUUGCGGACGAACAAGUAGGACGGUAACUUUUGAAUUGCUUCGUGGCUUCUUGCAAUAUGAUGUUAUUUCAUGCAAAUUCAGAUGCCCAGCUAGGGCAUCGAAUUAUUAUUAUCAGUGAUUAUUUUCAUUUUUUUAAUUUUUUUUUUGCUUUUCUUGGCCACAGAAAGGAAAUAACGAAUGUCUGCUUGUGGCCUUAGUCUUUCCGCUGGUAUCACUAUACCUUAUAUUGUUUUCUCUUUGUGUUUGUUUUCAGUGCCCUUCGUUAUGACCGGUGGACUCAAGUUUAAGGAAAUCACUCACAAUGCGGCGCUUUGUGAUGUAGCGACUACUGUGUUAGAUGUUAUGGGUCUUCCAAUUCCACAGGAAAUGACUGGGCAGUCACUGCUUGCUAAAUAGACAGUCACAGUCAAAGUCUUGUGAACAAUGAUUAAGCAACAACGACGGCGAGGACAGCGAAAACGUUUCUUGAAAAGUGAAUUCGCGCUGUGUCAAACUUCAUCAUUUCCUGCUAUUCUAUCGAAUUCUACCUCGUUUAAUUUGUCAAAUGUUGGCGAAUUUUUCUGGAAUUCAUUUGUAAGGAGCUCUAUCCAAUUUCUGGAUAAUUUGUCAAAUGUUGGCGAAUUUUUCUGGAAUUCAAUUGUAAGGAGCUCUAUCCAAUUUCUGGAGAAAGAAAGAAAGGCGGAAAACCAUUCCGUUUUGUUAACGUUUUCCGUAAAGCGUGAAGUUAGCAAGUUUGACGUUUAAGUCGUGAAACGACGGCAAGGAAAUGUACAAAAAGCGUGAUGCACGUGCAAAGUUGCCGUUCUAUUGCUGUCUGCUUUUUUGCCGUUGUCGUUGUUGUUGCCGUUAUCGUUGCUUAAGUUCCCUUGUAUCUUUAACUUAUUUUAACACAUAACUAAGCAAGUGAUUAGAGACUAAUUUCUUUGCGUGUCUCAUAUAUAUUGUUUUUUCCAAGACUAAAAAAUUUUAUGCCGGUGGUAUUAGAAUAACUUCGAAAAGGAAGAACGUUUGCUCGGCAGCUUCAUUUUGGGGCUAAUUUUACCAGUGGUUGGAGAUAAACUCACCGCAACCGGCGAGUAGUCCUGGGGACUCGUAAAUGCCAGGAGCAUUUUUGAAAGACUGAGUAAAUAAUAUAAAUC